ACAGUGGAGAGAGGGGAGAAUGAAGACAAGGAGGGAACACAUGCAAUAUUGGGGUCAUGAGGAUUUGAGGAUAUGUGUCUCAUGGACAUCCAUCUUCGCAGGUUACAGGCAUGUUUUUGUCUCUUACUUAGCUUAGAUGAACCUCUAGAAAGUUUCACAAAAACAAGAGUCUUAAAACUUGCUAUUCAGCUACUGUUAUUCAAAAGGCUGCACGCAAUGUGGUAAGGAGGCAAAUUGCUGUCAACAUCUUUGUCUGAGGGUGAAAACCACACCAUUUCUGAUUGCUGAUUGGAGUUUGGAUCUGUCAAAUGAUAAAAUGCUCAAAAAUACAAGCUGAAAAAAGCUAGACUGAGACCACAAAAGCAAAGAAGGCAGCAGAGGUGUAAUGCAUCUUUCUAUAACAGUUCAGGUGUUUUAACCAGUGUGGAAUGAUGUGUGAAGGGAUGAGCUCCUGGAUUUUGACCCACCAGUGUGUCUUGGUGCUGUUCAUCUACUUUAUGCCAAUAUGCCAAGCCUUUCUUCCCAACUUCUGGUCACGCGUAUUAACGUUGUCAUGGGAUUCAUACACACACCAGUACAUGACAGAACAAGCUAUACUGAACAUCACAAUGGAAACUCUAAGCAAAAUGAUGGAACAUCAACAUGAUGUAGAUAAUGACGAGCUGUAUACUGGGCUUGGUCGAGGGUUUUGGCAUGCUGUGGGUGAGGUAGCAAGUGCUAACGCAGAAAUGGAUUUCUUGAGCUCCACAUGCUCUGAUCCAGUAUACCACUUUGACUCUGAGAGAGUGGAAGGAGCCACCCAGAUGCUACGAGAGUUCUGGGACCAGACAGUGCUGCUGACCCAGGCUAAAGAGUACCAGGGGGCCAGGCGUAGCUUGGGUCAGCUUUUCCACUCGUUACAGGACUUUUACAGUCACAGUAACUGGGUGGAGAUGGGUCAGCAAGCGGUGUACCUCCACCUUCUGCACCCGGAAGAGCCGUCAGUUCCUGUAGCUUCAGAGGAAACCCCAACUUGUGCAGGUUGCUACAGAUUUAGCUGUUAUAAUAAUCUGCUAGAGGAAAUGAUUCGUCACACGGAACCGCUACUGACUACUGGCUAUUUCAGCACUUACCCUGUAAAACCACCAGGAAAGUGCAGUCACGGUGGGAUUCUAGACAGUAGUCGUCACCAGGGAGCUGAGGGGGGAAUCAACAAGGACAGCACAUCUCCGCUCUUCUCCCCUCAUCACUAUCUCCAUAAAGAAGCUGCCCAUCUGGCAACCACAGCAACCCUCAAAGUGCUCCAAGACCUCCGCAAUGAGGUGGGGCCUAAAAGCUUCCUCAGGCUCUUCAGUGUCCAGCAGCCUCCAGCAUUGGUCUUCGUCAUGGACACAACCGGCAGCAUGUUUGAGGAGAUCACAGCUGCCCGAUUCAGAGCCCUCUCCAUCAUACAAGCCCGUGAAAAGAGCCAACGCACUAGUCUGCCUGGCACCUUCAUUCUAGUGCCUUUUCAUGACCCUGGUUUUGGGCCAGUGAUGGAGACAGAUGACCCUUAUCAGUUCAUGCAAUACAUGGAGGAUCUGACCGCUCUUGGAGGUGGGGAUGAACCAGAGAUGUGUCUCUCUGCCAUUCAGAUGGCUCUGACCCAUAGCCCUCCACUGUCAGAGAUAUUUGUAUUCACAGACGCUUCCCCUAAAGACCAUCAUUUGCAGAGUGCAGUCCAGGCUCUCAUACUGGAGAAGCAAACAAAGGUCAACUUUUUGCUUACUGAAGAUCUAAGUCUCACAGGAAGAGGAAAAGGGUUGAGAAAAAGGAAAAGAAGAGAAUCUUUAUCUCCUGGUAGAUUCUCUCUGUAUUCUACUCUUUCUUCAUUGUCGGGAGGAAUGACUAUCUUCACUACAAAAACAGACAUCCGUGAUGUGUCAGCCAUUGUAGAAGACACUACCACCUCCAGCAAGGUGACUCUGCUUCAUGCAGAGAGUGAAUCAAAUUCAUCAAACUCCUUCAGAGUGGACAAAGCUGUGACAAAAGUGAUGCUGCACAUCACUGGUCAGCUUACAAAUUGCGAGCUUGUCAGUCCCUCAGGUGUUCAACAAUCUCUUCCUGGUACUGACAGUCCUCUGGCAGUGCUACACUCGUCUAAGGGUCUAAAUAGAAUAAACCUGCUGCCUCCAAUAGAGAUAGGUAUAUGGCAGCUCACAGUUAAAACCAUUGGGCCAAUGACAUUCAGCGUACUAGGUGAUAGCAGCUUGGACUUCCUGUACUAUUUUGCAAGAGAAGCAAAUGAGACACAUCCAGGACUGAGGAAAAUGGAGGGCAGCCCUAUAGCAGGAGUCCCAGUGUUUUUAGUGGUUGCUGUGACAGGCAUGUCACCCAAUGAGGAGGCCUCAUUCAGUCACGUGACCCUGUUGGGGCCUAAUGGGGAGAGCCUGCAGAAGGUAUUGCUAAACUCCACAUCUUCCCAUUUGUCUGAAGAGGAGCUAGUGGGGUACAUGGACUCAGUUCCCAGGAUGCCAUUCAGCAUGCGUCUCUCUGGAAAUGAUAGAUGGGGAAAUUUGCUCGAAAGAGUUUCCACUGAGAUGAUUCAACCGACACAUGUACAGAUACAAGUGCAUUCAGCUCCACAGCUUCUUCCUGGUCACAGCUCGACUGUGGUUUUUGAGAUUUUUAAUCAUGGCCCCAGCCGUUACUUCAGACUUUCAGCAAAAGAUGACCAGGGGUAUCUUUCUCACCCUGACCAACAAAGUCUGUUUAUUGGUGAAAGGGGCUCUGUGGAGAGGGAAGUUGAACUAAGAACUCCUCAUACUGCCCAGCCAGGGACAGCCAUCACCCUGACUCUGACUGUUUAUGCAGAAGACCUACCAGACUCAAAUUAUGCUGUGGUACAUCUGGCAGUGAUACUAGAGGAACCUGACAAAAUGCCUCCGGCAUGUUCUUCCCUGCACGUGGAGUCCUCCUGCUCCUCUCUGUGCUCUCAGAGCAGAUGGAAAGUCUCAUUUGUAGCAAAAGACAGAGGUCACUCUGGACUGGCAUCCAUACAGCUGGCAAAAGGAGAAGGCAUUCUCAUUCUGUCUGAAGUGUCUAUUCAGAGACAUGAAGAACAUUUCCCACAACUUCAUGAAGAGACUACAGGAGGAGUCCAUCUCCCAUUAAUACAGCCACAAAUGGACACCUCAGAACAGCACUUUGAAAAAGAAUCUGAACAAAGGCUGGACGUGGUCCAGUUAUUGAAGGGGGAUCAUCCAGUGAACAUCAGUGAAUGGACUAAGGGGAAACCCAUAAUGAUGCGUUAUUCCUCAAGCUGCUGUGCCCCUCAUGCAGAGAUAGUGCUGUGGGACAGAGCGGGGAAUAUGAGGCACUGUCAUCUCAAAGCCAGUCAGGAAAGGGCAUUACGAGAAAAGAACAAGGCGCACAGUGGGGAAUCUACUUCAUGGCUAUUUCUCAUGUUGUGGGGCCACUUAACACUGAGCUUUAUCUAUCACCACAAAUGAAAUUUGUUAAGUUACUCUUAUUAUGCAAGUCUGUGUGGACACACAUUACUAGUCUUUAGUACCUAGAAUGCUUUAAGGGAUAGUUCAUCCUAAAAUAAAAAUUAUGUAAUUAAUUACUCAACCUCAUGUUGUUCCAAAUCCAUAAGACCUUUGUUCCUCUUCAUCCAUGUCCAAUGUCAGCUCUAUAUUCUCCUAUAAGUAAUGACUGAUAACAUUUUUUAAACUCUUUUAAACGAAAGCUGAGCUGUAUCAUACUCUUUCACCAACAAGCGCUUGUCAAUGUGAGCGUCUGUUGUUGUUGUAAUCUCCGCUAUUUUGUUGUUGUUGUUGUUCUUUCUUUAUUGUUUAGUUUUCUACUGUUAAACAAUGGCCCAGGACAGUAUUGCCAUGCUGUGGAAUAACUGAUUACUGCAAAAUAACUUCAGUGUACAUGUGCGACCUCCGCGUACAAAGUAGCCUAUCUGCUCUUAAAGUCGGGUAGUGUGCCUACAGUACGCAUGUACUAUUCUGAUGAUGGAAUUCCCAUUCCAAACACUGUAUGCUGUCCCUUAUGUAAGCUUAAAAAGUUAAGUAUAGUUUGGGCUUAAGGUUUAUCCACUGAUGUCACAUGGACUAUUUUAACAAUGUCCUUAGUACCUUUCUUGGCCUUGAAUGUGGUAGUUGCGUUGCUGUCAAUGCAGGAUCAAAAAGCUCUCAGAUUUUAUCAAAAAUAUCUUAAUUUGUGUUCUGAAGAUGAACAAAGGUAGUAAGGGUGUAAAACAAUAGAAUGGUAUUAUUGAAAACUUUAAUUUUUGGGUGUACUAUCCAUUUAAAUACUAGGACAUAGCAAAACAAGAAAUGUUACUCAGGGAAUUUAUAUUCUGUGAUUCACAGGAUAUUUUUAUUAUUGUGUCAGAAUUUUUGAACAAACAAAAACUUACAAGUAAAUCUAAUAUAAUGAUUUCAAGUUGUCACAAUUAAUAAAAUGUUAAAAAGAGUGAACUGAUAACCUUAACUGGAUCUGGAUUGACUAAACUAAGUUGAGACCAUGUUUUUGAAACAGGGAGUAACAGGUUUGCGGUAAGUGUUCAUGAAUUAUAUCAGGGUUCCUCAAAUAUGGCCAUGGAGGUCCACUGUCCUCAAGAGUUUAACUUAAAUCCUAAUCAAAGCUAAUCAAGGUUUUUGAGUUACUAAACAAAAUACAGGUAUAUGGUGACCUUGAUUGGGGUUGGAGAAUAAAUGUAAGAUUAAAUAAAUAUAAUAAAUUGUUAUUAGCCUGUUAAUUGAAUUAAAACAUUCAACCACCAUUCAAACUGUUAUUUAUUUAUUUUUUUUUAAUCUUUUGUAAACAUUGGAGGCUCCUCCAGGGG